UUCGCUUCUCCUCCUUUCUCAUCCACAUGAAAAGUUUGACUGGAGCUGGCUGAAGGGAGGCUACCUGUCUUUUGCUUUUUUAGUCUGAGUAGUAAAGCAACUGGACUUCACAGGACACCGAGGGUUGCAUGCAUCAGUGCCAAGAAAUUGCAUUACGUGGGAGACUCCUUAGCAGAAGGAGACAUAGAGACGUUUCUGGAGGAUGGAGGUGGGAAAUGAGCAAGGACGCGCACAGGGGAAUGGACGCAGUGACGCUGCAGCCGGAAAGCCCCGCACCUCUCCCUGCAACAGCCUGAAGAUGUUUCUGGUGGCUUUGUCCUUUGCUUAUUUUGCAAAGGCUCUGACGGGGAGCUACAUGAAGAGCACAAUAACUCAGCUGGAGAGGCGCUUUGACAUCCCCAGUUACCUAAUAGGUGUCAUUGACGGGAGCUUCGAGGUUGGUAACCUGUUGGUGAUAGCUUUUGUCAGUUACUUUGGUGCCAAGCUCCAUCGACCAAAGAUCAUCGCAGUAGGUUGCGUCCUGAUGUCUAUUGGCACCUUCAUCAUCGCUCUGCCUCACUUCAUCAUUGGACGCUACCAAUAUGAAACAUCUGUGAGGUGGGUAGUGAAUUCAACACUGAACCCCUCUCCUUGUCCAGUGGGCUCACCGGCAGACUUAGCUCAAGAUAGAAAACUGUCUCAUGUGCCAGCCACAGGUUGUGAAGGCGACUCAAACCUGUCAAUGUGGAUCUAUGUGCUCCUUGGAAAUGUCUUGAGGGGGAUUGGAGAGACACCUGUUCAGCCUCUUGGGAUCUCUUAUAUAGAUGAUUUUGCUUCUGAGGAAAAUGCUGCGCUAUAUGUUGGCUGUGUGCAGACCAUUUCCGUCGUUGGACCUGUGUUCGGCUACCUGUUGGGCUCCCUUUGUGCCAAAAUCUAUGUGGACAUUGGAUUUGUAAAAAUGGAAACUAUCACCAUCACCCCAUCAGAUGCCCGCUGGGUGGGGGCCUGGUGGCUGGGCUACCUCAUAGCAGGGGUCAUCACUCUGCUCUCUGCCAUCCCAUUCUGGUUUCUGCCUCGUUCCCUGCACAUACCCGGGGCCCAGGGCUCAGAGAAGUGCACACCGGAGCAGACAAGUUUCAUUAAAGACCCUCAUAGUGGGAAGCACAAGUAUCCUGCAGACCAAAAUACUACUUUCAUAGAGAUGGCCAAAGACUUUAUUCCAUCCCUGCGAACUCUACUGGGAAACCCUGUGUACUUGAUCUACCUGUGUGUGUCAAUCAUCCAGCUGAACUCCCUCAUCGGCAUGGUAACCUACAAGCCCAAGUACAUCGAGCAGCACUUCAGGCAGUCGGCAUCAAAGGCCAACUUUCUCAUGGGUGUGAUUAAUAUCCCAGCUGUGGCACUGGGGAUGUUUUCUGGAGGUUUACUGAUGAAGAGGCUGAAGCUGAACAUCAUGGGCGCAGCCAGGUUUGCCUUCGGCACAUCUCUGAUCGGAUACAUCCUGUCGCUGUUCUUCUUUGCAAUGAGCUGCGAGAAUGCCAAGGUAGCCGGAGUGACCCUUCCAUACAUCAGCUUGGAUAGCAUAUCUUAUGAUACACACUCAGUGUUCGCAGCAUGCAACUCAGACUGCUUUUGUUCAGCAAGCGACUGGGACCCAGUCUGUGGAGAGAACGGCAUCACAUAUGUUUCUCCCUGUCUCGCUGGCUGCGCCAGCUCUUCUGGCUCAGGGAAAAACACAGUGUUCUCCAGGUGUAGCUGUGUCGGAGUGGCUGGUAACUUUACGGCCAGCGCGGGGCAGUGCCCUGAGAAGGACGACUGUGACAGGAUGUUCCCGUAUUUCCUGGCUCUCUCUGUCAUCACUUCCUUUAUCAUCUCCCUUGGGGGCACACCAGGCUACAUGUUUCUCAUAAGGUGCAUCAAACCACAGCUGAAAUCCCUGGCGUUAGGUUUCCACGCUUUGGCAACUCGUACCCUAGCGGGGAUCCCAGCACCCAUCUACUUUGGAGCAAUCAUUGACACCACAUGUCUUAAAUGGGGUCAGAAGAGGUGUGGAGGUUUAGGAGCCUGUCGAAUCUACAACACCACUGCAUACAGGAUAGCAUACCUUGGUCUGACUCUGAGCCUACGGUCUAUCUCCUUCAUUAUUUGCAUCCCGGGCUUCAUUCUGCUCAGUCGGCAGCUGAAGAAGGAGGAAAGAAAUGCCGUCCAUGGAGCACUGGCCAACGGCGGAACAGAGCUGGAAGCACUCAGGAAGGAAGAGUUUGUUGUUUCUAAUUCUGACCAAUCACAACAAACGGCAGACAACAGCACAGACAGGGAGACACGGCUGUGACAGAACUGACCCGACUUGUCUCCUA